UUGUGGAAAUCACACAUGAAUACCUUAAGUGAAGGAAACGCGCGAUUGCAGCCAUUUCGGAUACUACACAUCUCAGACGAACUACGCCUACCAGUGAAGAUGCCUGACUUUUGUGCAGCCUACGGAUGCUCUAAUCGCCGUAGUCUCAAAACGAGAACCCGUGGGAUCACCUUUCACCGGUUUCCCAAAACCGGAGAGAGGAAGAGGCAGUGGGAACUUGCCCUAAGAAGGGAUGGUUUUGUUGCCUCUGGCAGGACAGUGCUCUGCAGUGAGCACUUUAGGAGUGAGGAUUUUGACAGGACGGGGCAGACUGUCCGGCUUAAAGAUGGUGUUGUGCCAACAAUUUUCAACUUUCCAGCUCAUCUUCAAAGGCCGAUAGCAACAAGAAGCACAACCACUGCUAGAAGAGCGGAAGACAACUUGCCAAUAACCUUGAACCUUGAAGCCCCAUCUCUCCCCACCUGCCCCUGCUUCCUACAUCCCCUCCACACCACACCAAGUUGUUCUUGGGCUUUUUUCGACUACAGGAACUCAGCGCACCGUGCUGUGUAG